UCACUUCUCUCCAUCAUGUCUGAGAGGAGGUUUUCUCAGGAGGACGACUGCUCCUCUCUGCUGUCUCGGCUGGGCUCUGACUCUCCUCGUCCUCGGAUGAAGUAUGGAGGGAUGUUCUGCAACGUGGAAGGAGCCUUCGAAAACAAGACCCUGAACUUUGAGUCCUUCAGUCCGCAGACGCAGCGACGCCGAGCCGCUCGGACCAGAACCGAUGGAGGCCAGACGGUGGUCUAUCCGUCUGGACACGCCCAGGAAAACUACGGCAAGAGAGAGGGCGACCGUCUGGUCAUCAAAGGAGGAAAGGUGGUGAAUGACGACCAGUCGUUCUACGCAGACGUCUACAUUGAGGAUGGGACCAUCAAACAGAUCGGCGAGAACCUGAUCGUCCCGCCCGGCGUGAAGACUGUGGACGCCUACGGUCAGCUGGUGAUCCCCGGAGGCAUCGACGCCAACACCAGCCUGCACGCCCCGCAGAAAGGCCUGAACCCAGCCGAUGACUUCUACCACGGAACCAGAGCCGCCCUGUCCGGAGGAACCACCACCAUCAUGGACCACGUGUUGGUGGAACCAGGGACUAGUUUACUGUCUGCCUUUGAUCAGUGGAAGGAGACGGCAGAGCAGCGGGCGUGCUGCGACUUCUCCCUCCACCUGGACAUCACCCGCUGGCAUGAAGGGCUGUAUGAGGAGCUGGAGACACUGGUCAAAGAUAAAGGUGUGAACUCCUUUCUCUUCUUCAUGGCCUACAAAGAUAAAUUCCAGAGCUCUGACUCCCAGCUCUACGAGGCGUUUGGGGUUCUUCGGGAUCUCGGAGCGAUCGCACAGGUCCACGCUGAGAACGGUGACAUCAUCGAUGAGGAGCAGAAGAAGCUUCUGUGUCUCGGCAUCACUGGACCUGAAGGACAUGUUUUAUCUCACCCUGAAGAGGUGGAGACGGAGGCGGUGUAUCGGGCCAUCACCAUUGCCAAACAGGCCAACUGCCCCCUGUACAUCACCAAGGUGAUGAGUAAAUCUGCUGCUGAUGUCAUCGCUAAAGCCAGGAAGAAAGGUAUGGUGGUGUACGGGGAACCAAUCACAGCCAGCCUGGCUACUGACGGCUCUCACUAUUGGUCCAAAGACUGGGCCACAGCUGCUGCCUUCGUCAUGAGCCCACCCCUCAACCCGGACCCUUCAACUCCGCAGUAUCUGACCUCCCUUUUAGCAUGUGGGGACCUCCAGGUGACCUCCAGUGCUCAGGCCAGCUUCUCCACUGCUCAGAAAGCUGUUGGUAAAGACGACUUCACUUUGAUCCCGGAGGGAACCAACGGCGUUGAGGAGAGGAUGUCGGUGGUCUGGGACAGAGCUGUGUCGACGGGGAAGAUGGAUGAGAAUGAGUUUGUUGCUGUAACGAGCACCAACGCGGCUAAACUCUUCAACAUGUAUCCUCGUAAAGGACGGAUCGCCGUCGGAUCGGACGCCGACGUCGUCAUCUGGAACCCGAAGGAAACACGAACUGUUUCUGCAAAGUCUCAUAACCUGACGCUGGAGGUCAACAUCCUGGAGGGUCUGGAGCUUCGAGGCGUCGCAUCACUGGUGAUCAGUGCCGGCCGAGUCGUCCUGGAGGACGGAAAACUUAGCGUCACAGAAGGUUCCGGACGCUUCGUUCCCAGAAAGGCAUUUCCAGACACCGUCUAUAAGAGGAUCAAAGCCCGCAGCAAGAUGGCCGAGGCUCGCGGCGUUCCACGUGGAAACUAUGAUGGUCCGGUCCAUGAUGUCAUCAGUAUGACCAAAUCGGUCCCGCCCACUCCGACCACCAGGGGGCCCCCCUGUCCAAAAACCCAGCCUGGUCCCCGAAACCUCCACCAAUCAGGAUUCACCCUGGCUGGAGCUCAGAUCGACGACCACAUCCCUCGCCGCUCGGCUCAGAGGAUUGUAGCGCCUCCUGGUGGUCGGUCCAACAUCACGUCUUUAUCAUAAAGAGUCAAAGAGUGGCUUCAGUUUGUUCUGAAGUUCCUGCGUUCCUACCAACAGCUGAAUCUUAGUACAGUGGUACUGUAGUUAGUGCUGAAUGUUAAAACUUGGUGUUCUCAAUCUUCUCAGAAAUCCAACUUUACUGAAUAACAUUUGAUCGUGUCCUUCCUAAAACUCGUCCUCAUGUCUGUCAGCUCUGACAGUAGUCAUAGUAGUGAUAGUAGUAGAAGUACAACCAUGUUUCCUUUCACCUGACUGUACCAUCGGUUCACCUGUCACACCUCUCCAGGUGUUUCUCUCUGACAGCUGGAAACAUCCUCGUCUUUCCAUGAACUCUGUGUGCUCGUUGUGAAUUAGAUCCACUGAAGUCGGUCUGGAAUAGGACCUGAUCGAGUCAAUCAAUCAGUAUUGUUUGAUCAGCUUUGUCUCUGAGUCAGAUUGACGCUGUGGAUGGUGCUAAUAAAUCCAGUGUAGCCUGCUAGUAGCAAUCCCUUCAAACCACGCCCCCUACAGGAAGUAAACACACUGACCCCGCCCCCACAAGUGUGAAAUGCUGAUGUCAUCGUCACAGAAAUAGCUAAUCAUGGAUUUAUUAAUGAGCCUACUGCACAUGCUCACUACAGCUUGUGAUGUCCAUCAUUCCUUCAUCAGUUUUUACAGUUUCCAUGAAUUAAAGGCCUUUUUUAGUCAUUAAUCAGCGCGGAUCCGAGACCUUUUAAAGAAAGUAACACUGUUACUGCUCUUUAACAGCUGAUCUCCGGGAGGCGCUGUACGAUCGGAUCCAAGUGGAAGACAUCAAUAACAUCGACCACAACCUCUGACCUUUGACGACCCUAAAACUGACCUGUUUUUAGCCUGUGAUGUCACAGUUGUCUCCUCCAAUAGCUAGCCUCCUAUGACCACUGAUUUUUACUGGUGUGUUUGGUUUCUAAAGAAUUCACGAUCAUUUUGUAUUUUUUACAGUUUUUGUAUCCUGGAGUUGUUAGCAUUAGCAUAAUGUUAGCAUUAGCAUAGUGUUAGCAUCAGUGUAGUAUUAGCAUAGUGUUAGUAUUAGCAUAGUGUUAGCAUAGCGUCCAUGCAGCCACCAGCAGCCAUGUUGGUGCUUCGCUGCUGCUAUAGUAACAUGUUGUUAGAGGAUGUGAUGGAGAACAGACAGUGUACAUCAGCAGAGUACAGCCAAGUGAUUCUAAACUUUAUGCCCCCACAGUAAUCAGAUUACUUCUAGUUCUGGUAUCAGAUUACAAACUACAGUUCAGAUUCUAUAUUACAUUCAGGCUCCACAGCAGGAACUCAGAGGAACUAAGGUGAGGUUCUUUGGUUCCUCCUUCAGUUGUCCUCAUGGAGGAAACCAGAGUCCACUCAUUUGUGCUCACAUCUUCUCACAUUCUUCUGUUUUCUUCAGCUGCUCUUUGCUGGAGGGGUUGUGUUGCUCUACCUUUCUCUGGAGAACACCUCAAAGGUUCUGCUGGCUUCAGGACUCACACUGUCCAGGUCCUGGUUCCACUUGGUUCUAGUGGAGAAGCUCUGUUGUGAUGUUGUUCUUUGGAUGUUCUCCUGCUGGAAUGUUCCUCUUCUGCAUCUGGUCAGCCAGUAUUCUGGUUCAUCCUCAGACCUUCAUGCUGCAUCUAGAAAUGUCUUCAACACCUUCUGACGUCAUGCAACCGCAGAUCAUCACACUCCCACCUCCAUGCUUCACUGUCAGGACUAUGCAUCCACUGUGGUAGUCCUGGUCAGGUUCUCACUUAACAUCUGGACUCCAUCUGAGCCCAACUCAUUGAUCUUCAUCUGACCAAAGAAUGUUCUCCAUCAUCCAUCAGGCUUCUUUUCAUGUUCUUCAGCAAACUUUCAUCUGGAAGUUUAGUUCUGAGCAGCAACCAGGUUUAGUUCUUGUCCUCCGUCCAUAGAGGUUGAUGUUCGGAAGGUUUCUUCACACUAUCUGAUCUUCACACUAACUCUGGUUUCCAUUGAGAACCCCUGAGCCCAGUCUGAAGCAGCUGCUGUCUGUUUUUACAGAUGGAUGGAGGAAGUAGUUCACUGUCUGUGGAGUCAUUUUAGGAGCUCUGAUUAGUGGUACUAUGACUCCUUCUGUACCUCCUGAUUAGUGGUACUAUGACUCCUUCUGUACCUCAUGAUUAGUGGUACUGUGACUCCUCAGAUUUUUCUCUUCUUCUGUUUAGUUCUUUUCCAUGUGGAGCCAUGAUUUAGAUGUAGAUAGACCCAGUCCAUAGGUCCAGAACUGAAAAUGUUCUGCUGUUUUCAGCUUAUUUUAGAACCCUGUUCAUCAGUUAGACUAAUUGGAAUCACAGCUGGACUCAGUUUGGUUCUUUUGAGUUUCUAAUCUGGCUUUAUAAGUCUUUGGUAAAGGAUUUGUAUGUGCCCUAAACAUUUAGUGACACCUCUUCUUGUCGUUCUCUCUGAGUCAUAUGGUCAGACUGAUUCCACAUGAAGCUAUAGCAGCUAGCUUAGCUUAGCUGACAGAAAACAGGGGAAAUAGCUAGCUUAGCUUGGAUUAAAGACUGGAAACAUGGAAACAGCUAGCUUAGCUUAGCUUAAAGACUAGAAACAGGGAAGCAGCUAGCUUAGCUUAGCUUGAAGACUGGUAACAUGGAAACAGCUAGCUUAGCUUGAAGACUGGAAACAGGGAAGCAGCUAGCUUAGCUUAGCUUAAAGACUGGAAACAGGGAAGCAGCUAGCUUAGCUUAGCUUAAAGACUGAAAACAUGGAAACAGCUAGCUUAGCUUAGCUUAAAGACUGGAAACACCUGGCUACAGCUGGAUCCAACAUGGCGGUGGUGCUUUUUCUGUACUCUCAGAUGCACUGGAGCCAAAAUGGAGGGCAUGAGCUCUUUGUGCUAGCCUGGCAGUGUGUACAGAGGGUGUUGCCAUGGCGACAGUGCUUCUGUUGUUGUUCCUGUGGUGAAUGUAAAAGUUCUUCAUGUUGUGAUGAAAGCUGCAUGAAUAAACUGAAGAGAAACACAA